AUGGCCAGCCGCAAUAACAUGGACGAUAAGCCUGACCCUAACGACAUAUUGAUCGCCGUUAUGGGCGCUACUGGGGCAGGAAAGAGCACUCUAAUCAGUCAUUGUACUGACGAGUAUGUCCCUAUUGGCUCAGAUUUGCAAAGCCAUACCAGUGCAGUGGCAUCAUAUCCAGUUGCGACCCAAUCGGGACAAAAGAUCUACCUGGUCGAUACCCCCGGAUUCGAUGAUACCAAUCUCGACGACGCUGAUGUCCUUAAGCUUAUUGCAUCGUGGUUGAAUAAGCGGUACGAGCAGGACAUAUUGCUCCGCGGCAUAUUAUAUCUACACAAGAUAUCCGAUAACCGCAUGACUGGCACUGCUAGAAAGAACCUUCGUUUGAUGAAGAAAAUAUGUGGCAAGGAUGCAUUGAAGAACAUAAUACUUACCACAACCAUGUGGGAGAAAGUUGAACCGGCCGAAGGCCAUGAUCGGGAGCGCCAGCUGGUAAAGACGCCGGAGUACUGGGGCGAUAUGAUCCAAAAUCAUGGGUCGCGUGUUGAAAGAUGCUUCAAUACCAAAGAAUCCGCAAUGGAAGUGGUCGAAUCGUUGCUUUCAUCAGGGGAUGAAGCCCUCGCCAUCCAGAAGGAGAUGGCAAAUGGUGCCAAGAAGCUCAACGAGACGACGGCAGGUAUGACCUUGAAUGAGGAACUCGAGAAAGAGCGCGAGAAAUUCAGUCUUCAACUGGAAGAGCUGAGGCGCGAAUUCGAAACUUCCCGUAAAGAGUGGGAUGAAGACGCCAUGAUGCAAAUUCAACAAGAGCGCGAGGAUAAACAGCGCGAGAUCGAUGAAAUCCGGCGGCAACAGGAGAAAAUGAAAGUCGAAAAUGAUGAAAUGAAUAAGCAGAUGCAGGAGCAGGCACUGGCACAUUGCGCUGCGGUUGUGCAGCUACAAGCGCAGCAAGAACAAAUGCUCCUCCGUCCAUCGGUACCCCUCCGACCCAAGGGAUGCCAUGCAAUGAUCCGUGGUGUCGACAAUGCGGGCCAUGCAAUGAUCCGCGGUGUCGACAAUGCGGGCAAGGUCGAGCUCCUCCGUCCAUCGGUACCCCUCCGACCCAAGGGAUGCCAUGCAAUGAUCCGCGGUGUCAACAAUGCGGGCAGGGUCCAGCAUACCCCGUCCUAG